UGACCCAAUCAAUCGCUAACUUUUAUCGUCCUUUACCCGGAAGUCAACACGAGUUUUCAUAAUAGAACGACACGUUACGGUCCGAGGUACGCCGUAAUCUAAUGUCUGAGAACGAGACGGGCCAGUCGAUCGUUAAGACAGCCGAAGUUAAUGAGGACACAAAAUUAAAACACCACAAAGUAUUGAUAACAACUACCACCAUGGGUGAACCGAGCACUAAAAAGUUAAUUGUCUGUGCUGCUGGAAUCUUUUUUUGCUAUUUUUACUAUGGAAUUCUUCAAGAAAAAAUAACAAAAGGUAAAUAUGGAGAAGGAGAGAAUCAAGAGAAGUUCCAUUUCACCUUGUCAUUGGUUUUUGUGCAAUGUGUCAUCAAUGCUAUUUAUGCAAAGAUAGCCAUGAUUUUCUUCUCCUCAAAAGAGAAGGACACCACACCCAAGUCACUUUACGCAGUGUGCUCAUUAACAUACCUGUUUGCAAUGCUGGCUAGCAACCAUGCCCUGCAGCAUGUGUCAUACCCAACUCAGGUUCUUGGCAAGUCAAUCAAACCCAUUCCAGUGAUGAUUCUAGGUGUUGUGUUUGCCAGGAAAAGAUAUCCACUGGCCAAAUACCUGUGUGUUCUGCUGAUUGUUUUGGGAGUUGCCAUGUUCAUGUACAAAGAUAACAAGUCUUCAAAGAAAUCUGAAACUGCUUCAAUACUUGGUACAGGAGAGAUUUUGUUGCUUGUUUCUCUCACUCUUGAUGGUCUGACUGGAGCCUCUCAGGACAGAAUGAAAUCAUUUCACAAAACAGGCGCCAACAACAUGAUGCUAUUCAUUAAUGUCUUCUCAGUCUUGUGGCUUGCUAUCGGUUUGGUGGCUACUGGGGAGCUGUUUGAGUUUAUAAACUUUGCUAGCCGUUAUCCAUUUGUGCUGAUGAACAUGAUCACUUUCAGUUUAGCAUCUGCAUUAGGCCAGAUGUUUAUUUUUAUAACUGUGACCUCAUUUGGACCAUUAACUUGCUCCAUUAUUACAACCACAAGAAAGUUCUUCACUAUUUUAGCCUCCGUCAUAAUAUUCCAAAACCCAAUGUCAAUACAACAGUGGAGUGGCACAGCUCUUGUGUUUGUUGGUCUUGGGCUAGACUCUGUGUAUGGGAAGGAGAGGAAAAAGAUUAGUUGAUGAUUGUGAUAGACUGAUUUUUUUUAAAUAUUAAGGGAUCAAGAUAAUUAUUUUAAAAAAUAAUAGUGUGAUGUUUUCUUGAAUAUGUUGUAUUUAUUAAAAGAAAUAAAAUGUAUUAGACUUUUUAGUUUUAAGAUUAAUUACUAGCUGCUGUUUUAAGUGUAUGGCAAGAUUAAAAACUUAGUUGUCAAAAAAUGCUUAACAAGAGAUUUAAAUAAUUUCUAAUAGCUUUACUAAUUCUUGAUUUUGUUCAAUUUGUGUAUUUGUUAAAAUCCUUUUUUUUUUGUUAUAAGGGGUCAUUCAUAAAUGAUGUUGCUCAAUAUUAGCUAAUUUUUUUGUAUUACACCACCCACCACACUUACAUAUUGACACAUCACAAAAAACAAACUCCUCCCCUCUCCAAAUUUACUAUAAAUUCCAAAACACUUAAAAUAAUACUACAUCUAAUUAAUUUCAUAUAGCAUAUCACAGUCAGAACCACCCCUUAGAGCAGGCUAUCAUUUAUGGAUAACCCCUAAUAAACUUUGUAGUAGUGUUUGAAUUAGUUCAUACUUAAUGCCCAUCAAAGCAUUUUUUGUGUUAAUAACAGCUAAGAGGGUAUUUAAAGAUCUGCUUUUAAAAUUGUUGUUUUGUCAUUCCAAGUACAUUUUCAAGUAAUUAAAAUAUUUAAAUGUUUCUUUGUGCUUUAAAUUAUAAAAUUUUGCAUAUCUACACCUUCAGUGAAUGACCAUUGUAUCUCUGCCACUUAAAACAGUAUACAACAUUAUCAAUAAUGCUCAACUUAUAUACCAUGUAACUGCCAGUCCCAUUGAUGAUACGCCUUGCUAUGGUUGUGCUUUGGACACUAGUUGAUGGCUGAAACUGCUUUGCCUGAUACUACUUUUCUGUAUUGAGGAUUAUAAACCUUAUGUUUCAAACAAGUUUUGUCCAACUAAAAUGUGCUGUAAUGACCUUAGUAAUAGCCAAAAAGGUCUUAAAAAUGAAAACAAAAAAGCUUUGUUAAAUCAAAUGUCAAUAUUGAAAUUAGGCUUUAUCAUAUAUAUUAUCCGUGUACUAGCCAUUUGAAAAAAUCAUAUUGGCUGUUGAACAAAACAUAAAAUUUAUUUUGAUUAUGAUCACCUUGCAUGUAUGUUGUCUCCAUUGUUAAAUUUGUUUACUGUUUUAUUAUGAAAGAUCUUAUUUUGAACCAGUUUUUUUGUUUGUUUCAUCUACUGCUGUGUUUUGUUUUCAUCUGAUACCAUUUUUUGCUGUUUUACUUUAACUCUAUGAACUUAUUUUUUUUUCAAGUUGACUUGAGAAGUCAUAUAUUGAAGUGAUGCUAUUAAUUGUAUAUUAAAUUCAGAAGGUAAUGAGUAAGUGUUUGAAUUUGUUCAUAUACAUGAAAUGAUAUAUGUCAGAAUACCAGCUUUACAUUUACCGGCUGAUUGUAGAAACUUUUUUAAUUGUUCUAAUGAGAUUAAUCUAAUCACUGGAAAAUAAAAAAGUUUUAACUUGAUGAUUUUCUGUUUCAAGGGCUGAAAACUAGUUAUUCUUUUUAUUGUGAUAAUUGUUAAAAAAUAUAGCACCUUACACCAACAUAUUUACACUGCUUAUUCAGCUUCUCAUUGAUUUUUCUCAUGGGUUAGAAUAACUUGAUUAAAAAAUAAACAACUGAAGUUGUCAUAGGCAGUUGUGUUUUAGUAUUAGUCAUACAUGGUGACUUUUAAUCUAUUUAACAGUAAUUGUAAUGUCUAUUUGCUUUGUAAUUAGACUGCUCUUCCAAUUUGAAAAAUGAUACAACUUCUAACAUGAUACAAUUAUUGUAUUUUCAUUGAGAUACAAAUUAUAAAUUUGCCUUAAAAUAAGUUAACAUUAAAAUUGAUUUUUAUUGAAUGUUGUUAAAAACUUUUAAAAUGUUUCUCAUUGUCAUCCCAACUUUGUUGAGACUGGAACUGAUGUUUUGGCAUUAGAGAUUAUUAAAUAUUGUACCAUAUCUUCAUUUCAAUUUACUUGUUAAAACAAUUUUACAACAAAUAAAUUAAUGCUAAAACUG